AAUGUUUCAGCUGCUGUCAUAAGGAAAGGCGUGAGACUGUAUUCGUCCCGAAUGUUUUGGAGUGUCAUGCUACUUAACUAAUCCUAUUGUAUUAUAUCGUGUAUCUGAUCUCUAUUAGUUUUAGGCGCGAAUAUGACGACGUUUUGUUUUGUUUUGCGCAUGUAUUUGUGCAGGUGACUAACUGCAUUCUCUAGCAGCGCGUGAUCCAGUGUAGUUGAAUUGAUUUGAUUUUUUGAGAACGUUAGAAUUUUGUCCUUGUAACUAUUAUGAGAACAGGCAAGCUGCGGAAUAGUGUUUGGACGGGCAUCGCGCUCCUGCAGUUGUGCACAGUUCUUUUAAACAGUUUCUGUAAAGGCGAAGAUGACUCCUGUCAAGGAGCUUUUGAUCUGUACUUUGUGCUGGAUAGGUCUGGGAGUGUUGCCGGUAACUGGCCUGAGAUCUAUGAGUUUGUUGAACAGCUCACCAACCGCUUCGUAAGCCCCAGAAUGAGGGUGUCUUUUAUAGUAUUCUCCUCCAGUGCCGAAGUUAUACUGCCUCUGACUGGAGACAGAGCGAAGGUGGACCGAGGCCUGAGUGAGCUGAGCGAGGUCAUACCAGCCGGAGAGACCUACAUGCACGAGGGGAUGAAGAAGGCUUUGGAGCAGAUGAAAGCACAAACCACCAGGGCAUCCAGCAUCAUUAUUGCCUUAACGGAUGGAAAGCUGGACGUCUACCCCUAUCAGCUCACAGUGGAGGAGGCAAAUGAUGCCAGAUUGUUUGGUGCCAGGGUGUACUGUGUUGGUGUGAAAGACUUUGAUGCGAAUCAGCUUGUCGACAUCGCUGAUAGCAGAGAUCAGGUGUUUCCCGUGCUGGAGGGCUUUCAGGCCCUUAAAAGCAUUGUGAAUUCGAUCCUCAAGAAAUCUUGCACUGAAAUCUACAGAGUAGAGCCUUCCAGUGUUUGUGUAAAUGAGUCUUUCAACAUUGUCCUCCGAGGAAACGGAUUCGCCCGGGGUAGGACACCAGAGGGUGUGGUCUGCACCCUCACCGUCAAUCAUCAUACUUACAAUGAGAGGCCGACUCUAGUGCAGGACAAUUACAUUCUGUGUCCAGCUCCAGUGUUGCAGGAGGUCGGAGAAUCCAUUGAGGUUUUGAUCAGCUUCAACAAAGGACAGUCUUUUAUUUCAAGUCCAGUGACGAUACAUGCCACUACUUGUUCCAGUGGGCUGGUGGUGUUGGUGUUGGUCCUGGUUCUGCUCCUGCUGCUGGGCCUGGCUGUCGUCUGGUGGUUCUGGCCGUUGUGCUGCACUAUCGUCAUCAAGGACCCUCCUCCUCCUGUCCCUCCCCCUCCCAUCCCUAUGCCUGAACCAGAGGAAGAGCCGCAGCCAAAGACCAAGUGGCCCAUGGUGGAUGCAUCGUACUAUGGGGGGAGAGGGGCCGGUGGAAUCAGACGUAUGGAGGUGCGCUGGGGGGACAAAGGGUCAACAGAGGAGGGGGCGCGACUUGAGAAAGCCAAGAAUGCUGUCGUCACGAUGCCAGAAGAAGUGGAAGAGCCCAUCAUCAGGAAGCCUCCCAGCAGGCCGCCCCCCACAUAUCUACACCACCCCCAUCAACAGUCCAAAUGGUACACCCCUAUAAAGGGACGCUUUGAUGCUAUGGGUGCACUGCUGCGUCGGCAGUACCAUCGGGUUGCUGUGAUGAGACCAACAGCAGAGGAUCAGGGACGCUGUAUAAAAUUCACUCGGGUCCAGAGCCAGUAAACCAAAGGUGUUCUGAACGUGCCUGAUUCCCAACAAGAAGAAAUACAUGAAAUUGUGCCUUGUCGUGCAAAAAUAUAAUCAUAUCAUGAAUGCAUUAUGCUACAUUUUUUUAUCAGGUUUUCAUUUUGAUAGGUUUUAUCAAAAUAAAUGUUACCCCUUUAACAUAUUUCUUUUGCAGAGUCAAAUUGGCUGCAUAAUCAUGAUGUGAUUACCAAGUCUCACAGCUCUGUUCUGGUUUUGUUUUUGUAUUUUUUAAUAUUGUAUAUAAAUGAAGGUUGUUGCUAAGCUUUUUGUAUUUUCUUUUUGUUGUAACACUGAGAUAUGAGAACAUUUAACAAUGUCGUGACAGUGGUUGUAAAUAUGAUUUUGCCUGCAAGUGAACAGUGGUCUUUGUAGGGAAAGAAUCAGCCUCCUUACAAGCUACACUGCCCACUACUCAACAUGGAACACGUAACUCUUGCCUUGCCAACAUUUGAAACUGAAUGUGGAGAUAAAAUAACCAACUUUGUGAGUUCCACUGAACUUUUUACUGUAUAUUUUUCUGACUUUCUUAAUUUGACAAUGAAUGAUACAAUCCUAGCCUUACUGUAUCAGUCUCUUUGAUUGUGCACUGUAGUGUAUGUACUCACCUAAUCUAUUUCAUGAAGUGUUACAUUUUAGUUUCAGUUUUCUUAAUAAAAAAUAUGCUGGAAA